GCCCAAUAGCGGCAGAGGGGCGGGGCUUGUGGCGGAGCUCAGUGUGGGGCCGGAGCGGAGCGGAGCGGAGCGAUGGGGCCGGGGCCGGGGCUGCUGCUGCUGCUGCUGCUGGGGGUCCUCGGCGGGGCGGCGAGCGGGCCCCACUCCCUGCGCUACUUUGACAUUUCGGUGUCGGAGCCCAGCCCGGGGGUGCCCCAGUACAUGUAUGUGGGGUACGUGGAUGGGAACCCCAUCGCACGCUACGACAGCGAGAUGCGCAGGGUGGAGCCCCGGGCGGACUGGAUGGCGGCAAACCUGGAUCAGCAGUACUGGGACAGCCAGACCCAGAUCUCACAGAGCAACCGGGAGAUCGACCGCGUGAACCUGGACACAGCGCGGGGCCGCUACAACCAGAGCGGGAGGGGUCUAACGCUGCAGCGGAUGUACGGCUGUGACAUCCUGGAGGACAACAGCACCAGGGGGGUUUAUCAGUAUGCCUACAAUGGGAGGGACUUCAUCGCCCUCGACAUGGACACGAUGACGUUCACCGCGGCGGACGCAGCGGCACAGAUCACCAAGAGGAAGUGGGAGGAGGACGGGACGUUUGCUGAGCAGACGCAGCACUACCUGGCGAACACGUGCAUUGAGUGGCUGAGGAAAUACGUGAGCUACGGGCAGGCCGUGCUGGGCAGGACAGAGCGCCCCGCGGUGCGAGUGUCGGGGAAGGAGGCCGAGGGGGUCCUGACCUUGCACUGCCGCGCCUACGGCUUCUACCCGCGGCCCAUCUCCGUCAGCUGGCUGAAGGGCGGCGAGGUCAGGGACCAGGAGACCCAGUGGGGCAGCGUCGCGCCCAACAGCGACGGCACCUACUACACCUGGGCCUCCAUCGAGGCCCGCCCCGAGGAGAAGGACAAGUACCGGUGCCGCGUGGAGCACGCCAGCCUGGCCGAGCCCGGCCUCUUCGCGUGGGAGCCGGAGUCCAACCUGUUGGUCAUCGUGCUGGGGGUGGUCGCCGCCGUCCUGGUCGCCGCCGCCAUCGUCGCCGGAUUUGCUGUGUGGAAGCAGAAGUCGGGGAAGAAGGUGAAGGGCUACGGCGUGGCGGCAGGCUCGGACGAGGGGUCCGGCAAGUUGGUCGCAGGAAUGACCGUCUGAGCGCUCGGCGAGGGGCCGGCGCGUGGCUGGGUGCGGCCCCCCGCCCUCUCAGCGGCUGGACGCAGAGGGAGGCCGCGGCUGCGGUGGUGGCUCUUCUGGCUGGUGGCCUUCCUUUUUUCUGAUCCUUUGGAAAUCGAGCACUGCAAUUAUUGCCAAGGAGCUUGAACUUUGAGGUCGUAACCGAUUGCUUUUGCUUCGCACAGAAUAAAUUCUGAGUCCCCCCCCGUGCAGGCUGUGCCUCCUC